ACGCUAUAAAAGAGUCUGGUAUUGAAGCUAUGAAAGCCGCAACGCGCAGGUAUGCUAGGAAACAAAUUAGAUGGAUUCGAAAUAAAUUGUUACUUAAAUGCCAAGAAAGUAGUUUGAAUGAAGCAGACAUAAGUUGCGCUGAUUCUUUAACUUAUAACUCAUUUGUUAAACGAAAAGCUCUGGAGAAAUGGAAUCAAAAUGUUCGUGAUGUGGCAAUUACCAUAGUUAAAGAAUUUUUGAACAGUGGAACUGGACCAGACCCAAAAUCCUUAAGUGUAGAAGCAGAAGAACUUUUGAAUCCAGCGAAGGAAAUGAACGCCUUUGACAACUUAAAAACUUGGGUAAAAUAUGAGUGCGAUAUUUGCAAAAUUUUUAAUGACAAUUUACCAGUGGUGAUUAAUGGACUUGUCAACUGGAAUCAGCAUUUAAAAAGUAAAUGGCAUAAAUCCAAUAUUAAACUUAAAAAGGAGAUGGAUAUGAAUUGGGGUGGGCAAUUUCCACCCUG